AUGGAAUCUCAUCGAAUUCCACUUGGAGGCUACAUUUUCCAGCGUAUCCGAGGUCUGGGCAUCAAGAGCGUCUUCGGGUGCCCUGGAGACUACAAUCUCAACCUCCUCGACCAUUUGUAUCCAGUGGAGGGUCUGAAAUGGAUUGGGACAUGCAAUGAACUAAACGCAGCGUAUGCUGCUGACGGUUAUGCCCGUACGCGUGGGCUGCCAGGAGUUCUAGUCACGACAUACGGAGUUGGUGAAUUGAGUGCGAUCAAUGGAAUAGGAGGUGCCCGCAGCGAGUAUGUUCCAAUUAUCCACAUUGUUGGCACAACUUCUCGGCUGGCUCAAGAUAAAAGAGUGAUGAUUCACCACACUUGUGGAGACGAAGGUUGGGAUCACAGAACAUUGGAAAAAGUGUCAAGUCAUUUAAGUGCGGCUUCGGUUUCCCUGGACAAUGAUGAAACAUUCACAGAGGACGUUGAUCGAGUGAUCGAAGAAUGUUUCAGGACAAGGUUACCCGUGUACCUUCGUGUUCCCGCUGACACGCCCGAUAUAUUGGUGGACAGCAGAAGACUGCAGCAGCCGCUGGAUCUAGGCAUUCGAAGUCCCGCUGGAGAGGAGGCUGAAGAUGUGGUGGUGCAAAAGAUCAUUGCACACAUAGAACAAGCCAAAAGGCCAUGUCUCUUGGUUGACAUGCUCACACAACGCUUUGGAUUAACAGGAGUGGUAUCAGAGAUACUGGAUACCACCAAAUUACCGGUGUUUGUAACCCCCCUUGCAAAGUCCAUGGUAGACGAGACUCGGGACAACUUUCAGGGCGUCUACCAAGGGAUCAUCACUCCAUUCAAACAGGUGAAAGCCGACUUCGAAAGUGCCGAUCUUACUAUCCACGUCGGACGCUUUCCUUCCGACAGUAAUUGCGGAGGGUUCACGCAGAAAUUUGGUGGCGAUGUUAUCGGCCUCCAUCCUCACUAUGUCUCUGUGGGCAAGGAGAAGUUUGAUGGAGUGUCCUUUGUUGGCGUCAUGCAAAAGCUUUCCCUGAGGCUAGCGUCUAGAUCAUUAAAUAAUGCUCAGACCUCCUGGUGCAAAUCUACGAAGCCAACAGUCGCUAGCGCUGAGCUCGAGAAGUUGCAAGGUCAACUGACUCAAGCCCACAUCUGGAAAAUUUUCAAUCAGAUCUUGCGCCCUGGAGACUCUGUCAUUGCCGAAGUUGGAACCUCUCAAUUUGCUACUGUUGGCAUGUCACUGCCACGAGACUGCCAGUAUUUUACUCAAAUGUUCUACAGCUGUAUCGGUUUCACUGUUGGGGCAACACUGGGAACACUCGUGGCGCGGGAAGAAAUGCAGAAGCCAGGUCGGGUUUUCCUCUUUGUUGGUGAUGGAAGCCUUCAAAUGACCGUUCAAGAGAUUAGUACCAUGGUCCGCAACGGAUAUCGUCCCAUCAUCAUCGUUAUCAACAAUGAAGGCUAUACGGUAGAAAGAGUCAUUCACGGGCCUGCAAAGAUUCAUAAUGAUAUUGCGCCAUGGGACCAUCAGGUGAUGCUUUCGUUUUUCGGCGGAAGAGGAAAGUCCAGGUCGUACUCGGCCCGUACCUACGCCGAUUUGCGACAGGUUUUGAGCCACCCAGACUUCCAGGAGGGAAAACAAAUCCAGAUGCUAGAGUGCCAUCUUCACAAGUAUGAUUCGCCAGCAAAUUUACUGGAGGUUGUGGAUACCGCCACAGCUGUGGCCGCGAAGACCCAAAAGUUCUUCGACCAAAAGGCGGGGAGAACAAGGUUGGAGCUCGAUGACAGACUUCUGGCACUUCUCGAGUCACGCGUGGAACAAAACCAUUUCGGCGAUAGCACUCCUUCGUUCGAUCUCUCAGCGACAAUGCAGACCGACUUAAUGCCACCGCCGUCCGGUUCUAGGGUAGACUCUCCCCCGAACUAUCAUCUAAACCAUGACCUAGGGUCUAUCAACGCGCAGCAGGGCGGGACGUCCGUAAUGAUGACAGACCAUUCUUUCUGGAGCUCUAUCAUGUCUCCGGGCCAGCAUGUUGCCCAUCCAGAUCAAUUCCUUGAAAAUACGCAUUUCAGCAAUGGCGGAGUUCCUGGGAACUUAUCGGAUCUAUCAAUGGAGCUGGACAUGCCUCAAGCAGGGUCCAGCAUGUCGAGUCAGGAUGAGUCACUGACCGCUUUGCAAUCCUCAUUACUGCCCGCCAAUAGCCCAGCGAGCUCUAUCUCGGAAACGAACAUUCCAUAUGAUGACCUGCUUCAACUGUACUUUGAGAAGAUUCAGCCUUUUCUACCGAUGUUCCACCGACCAAACUUUGAGCAAGAGUUUCGAGGGAAGAUCGACAAACUGAGUCUUUCAACAAGUUCAACGUCUCGAGAGUCAGCAUUUGUGUUGAAUGCCAUGUUUGCACUUUCGGCACGUUUCUCCUCAGCAGACGCGUUUUCAGAUCGUGGCCGUACUACCCGCGGAGAGCCAUUCGCCAGGCGAGCGGAGCAUUUGUUAGAAAACCACAAUUCGAGCGCCAUAGGACAGUCGUCACUCCGAAUUCUACAGGGAUGUAUCUUAUUGGCGUGCUAUCGACUUUCUUCGGGAAUCACUUCACGCGCCUGGGUGCUGACAGGACUUUGUUCACGAAUGGCUUAUGAGCUUGGACUCCACGAACUGGACCGCGAACUGAUUUCUGGAGAUGUGUCAUCACCACAGUAUGUAUUGGAAUGGGUUGAGCGGGAAGAAAAGCGCCGUGCAUGGUGGUGCUGCUAUGAACUGGACCAUUUGGCAUCAACACUUACCUGUCGUCCUUACGGAUUGGACCGACAAAGGACUGAUAUUCUGCUCCCUGUCUCCGACAAAGAUUGGUAUGCCGGCGUCCCCGUGGCCUCGGCUUCAUUAACACAGGACCCUCUCAUGGCAUGGCAAAGCCUGGUAGACUGCCCAAAUCAGUCUCUAAGGGCCUGGUAUUUGGUGAACCUCCAUUUGGUUCGGCUGGGCCACGAAUUGCGCGAGCUUGACACGGCUCGUGCACAGAAAGAUGUCCAGGAUUACAAACUUGCUGUUAAAUAUUUUUCACUAGCCCUACCACCUUCAUUUGAUAUCUGCUCGGGCUUGACAAACGUUGGAAGUGAUUUUGGCUGGGUCAUAAGCACCCACAUCAUGCUUCAGAGUUGCUUACUAGCGACAACUCGUCACGAAAUGGCUAUGGAAAUCAAUAGUCCAGCUUCAAAUGCGUCUUCCCCAGCAAUGAUUGAGAAAUUGAGGGACUCUGGACACAGCCAGACAAACGAGAUCUUGUCCGCGAUUCGAGCGUGGUCACCUAAAUCGAUGCCGUUCUCGCCUUUCUUAGCCUGCGCUAUCGUGGGUCCACAUGCCAUCCACGUCGAGAACUGUCUCUCUGGAUCAUCACAGAACCCUAAUACUUCGAACGACGAUUUUGAGAUGAUGAAACUUUGCCUGAAACGCCAUGCUUGGUACUGGGAACUUGGAGAGCUACUUUUAGAUAUUGUCCAGAUCUGUUCAAAACGUCGCGUUUCAGAACUGGCUACUUUGAGCGUCACCGAGAAAGAGACGCUGAAGAGGGUACCACUUCUUGCACCAUCCCCUAUCCCUGGUGGAUGAGGUAUCCCAUGAGCCAUGCGUGAAACUUUAUGAAAUGUCUCUUGUGGGCCCGCGGGGAGAUUAUCGCAACUCAUAUCACGCACCUCAUAUUAUAG